AUGGUCCACGUGCGGGUGGACAUGUCCCUGCCCGAGAACCAGAACCCCAAGCCGCAGCUCGAGGACAACGAGUUCAUUGAGUGUUUCAGCGCUCCGUUAUCGAGCUUGUUCGAGGAGUUGAAAAAGUUAGAGGCGGAGGGUUAUGCCAUUGACGCUCGCGUGGGGACGAUUGCCGAGGGGAUUGAGCUUGCGAAGAAGUGGAAGCUAUAA